UUCAAGUCAAAAUCUGAUUCAAAUUCAUAUAUUGAUUCCUUUAUUCAUUCUAUAUAUCAAUCAACCCUCAAAAAUGUCCAACAAGUCAAUAAUAAUAAUAAUAAAUUAUGCAUCAGCAGUAUUAAUAUUAUCACUAUUAUUAUUUGUAUCUUCAACAGCAGCAUCAGCAGCAGAAGAUGAAAAUAAAAAGCUAAGCAGAAAAGAGUGUGAAGAAUUAGGGUUUACAGGUCUUGCAUUGUGUUCCGAUUGUAAUGCCCUUUCUGAAUAUAUCAAAGAUCAAGAACUACUGUCUGAUUGCAGAAAAUGUUGUGACGAGGAUUCUGAUGACGCAACUAGCAAGAUUAUAUAUGCCGGUGCUGUUCUGGAGGUGUGUAUGAGGAAGCUCGUGUUCUAUCCUGAAGUUGUUAAUUUCAUAGAAGAUGAAAAGGAAAAGUUUCCUUCUGUCAAAGUUCAAUAUUCAUUUAAUGCGCCACCAAAGUUGAUCAUGUUGGACGAUGCUGGACAACAAAAAGAAAUCAUAAGGAUUGACAACUGGAAGCGUGAACACAUAAUUGAGUUUUUGAGGGAGAAGCUGAAGCCUACAUCGACAGUUUGAUCGGUCAGUUAGUCUGGUUCUUGCGCUAUCUUAGCAGGGCUUGCAAUACCUUUGUCUAAACAAUCUGCUGAACUUUCUUUUGUAACAUUUAGAAAUAUAUCUACUUAAUCAUCUGGUGCAGUUCUAUACUUCUAUAUUAGUUCAUAAUCAUAUUAAAGAUUUUAAGAUAAUGAUAAAUCCAUUGCUUUC